AUGUCUUUCUUGAAUAAUCUCUCACUUUCUCUCUUUCUCUUUCUCUCUCUCUCUCUUUCUCUCUCUUUCUCUCUCUCUCUCUCUCUUUCUCUCUCUCUCUCACUUUUCUCCUCUCUCUCUCUCUUCUCUCUCUCUCACUUUCUCUCUCUCUCUCUCUCUCUUUCUCGCACUCUCUCUCGCACUCUCUCUCUCUCUCACUCUUUCUCGCACUCUCUCUCUCUCUCUUUCUCGCACUCUCUCUCUCUUUCUCUCCCACUCUUUUCUCUCUCUCAUUCUUUCUCUCUCUCUCUGUCUGUCUCUCUCUCUCUUCUUUUCUUCUCUCUCUCUCUCUCACUCAUUCUUUCUCGCACUCUCUCUCUCUCACUCAUUCUUUCUCGCACUCUCUGUCUGUCUCUCACUCAUUUCUUUCUCCUCGCCUCUCUGUCUCUCACUCAUUCUUUCUCGCACUCUCUGUCUGUCUCUCACUCAUUCUUUCUCGCACUCUCUGUCUGUCUCUCACUCAUUCUUUCUCGCACUCUCUGUCUGUCUCUCACUCAUUCUUUCUCGCACUCUCUGUCUGUCUCUCACUCAUUCUUUCUCGCACUCUGUGUCUGUCUCUCACUCAUUCUUUCUCUCUCUCUGUCUGUCUCUCACUCAUUCUUUCUCGAAUUCUUUCUCUUUUCUCUGUCUGUCUCUCACUCAUUCUUUCUCACCCUCUCUGUCUGUCUCUCAGAAAAUGUCUCUCCUCAUUCUUUCUCGCAAAUAGUCUGUUCUCAUUCUUUUGUCUGUUCUUUUCUUUCUCGCAUAGGAAAAAAUGUCUCUCUCCUCAUUUUCUCGCACCUCUGUCUGUCUCUCACUCCCCUCUGUCUGUCUCUCACUCAUUCUUUCUCGCACUCUCUGUCUGUCUCCAAUUCUUUCUCACCUCUCUAUGCUCUCUCCUCAUUUUUCUCGCACUCUCUCUCUCUCUGA